AUGUCAGCGCCGGUCACCAACUUGGCGGCGGACCGCCUCGUCAUUUCUCUUGACUUUGGCACCACCUACUCCGGAGUCGCGUAUGCCUUCAACGUUCCAGGAAAGAAGGCAGAUAUUGUGCCCAUUCAUGAGUGGCCUGGCCUCGAAGGCUACCGUCAGCCCAAGGUUCCCACCCUAAUUAUGUACGACAAGAAUGAUCCUUCCAAGUUCAAGUGGGGUGGUCAAGUCACAUGGCGUGAGCCUGCUGUUCACGGCGUCAAGCUGCUUUUGGAUCCCGAUCAGCCCAAGCCCAAGUAUCUUCCCGCCUCCAGCUUCGAGAACGAUCGCAACGCCCUUGACAAGGAUCCUGUUGACGUGGCUGCCGACUUCCUCGGCGCCAUCUACAAGCACGCCCUUUCCAUCGUCGAGUCCUCCACUGUUCGGGAGUACUUCCGCUUCUGUCAGAAAGACUUUGUUCUGAGUGUCCCCGCCGUCUGGUCCGACAAGGCCAAAGACCUUACUCUGAAGGCUGCCAAGAAAGCCGGAAUCCAUCCCGUUACUCUGAUCAAGGAGCCAGAGGCAGCUGCUUUGUACACCCUGAGCACCUACGACCACACCAUCACAGCGGGUGAUUCCUUUGUGCUCUGCGAUGCCGGUGGUGGUACCGUUGAUCUCAUUACUUAUCAAAUUAAGAAGAUCCUGCCUUACCUGGAGCUGGCUGAGCUGGUCCCUGGUGACGGUGGAAUGGCUGGUUCUCUUGGCUUGAACAAGCUUUUUGAGGAGACCGUCAAGGACAUGGUGGGCGCGAAGCAAUUUACAACCCUGAAGGACAGCGUUGGCUGGUCCAAGGCUCUGAAUGAGUUUGACAAGACCAUCAAGACCGGAUUCAAUGGUGAUACGACAGACUCUUACUUUGUCACUUUCCCUAUGGCCAAGCUCGAGGACAAUCCCGCCAAGGGUCUUUUCGGCAACUGCUGGGAGAUGACCAGUGACAUUCUUCAGGGUGUCUUUGAUCCCAUCAUCGAGGACAUUCUACAGCUCGUGGAUAACCAGGUCCAAGCUGCUCGCCGCAAGCGCGGCGGCCGGCGCCUCAAGGGGAUCUUCCUAGUUGGUGGAUUCGGCUCAAACCGCUACCUGAAGCGCCGCCUCCACGAGGUAUACGAGCCGCAGGGAAUCCAAGUCAUCCAGCCACAUGAUUCGUGGGGCGCCAUUGUCAAUGGCUCCGCCUUGAGCCGCGUCUCCAACCGGGCCACCGUUAUCUCUACUCAGGCCGUCCGGCAUUAUGGUGUCUCUUCGAUGUGCCAGUUCGAUCCUCUCAUUGACCAGGGCAGGCAGACUACGUGGUUCCCCCAGCAUGGCUUCUACAUGGUUGAAAAGCUCACCUGGUAUAUCUACAAGGGAGAGGACCUGAAGCGAGAUCAGACCAUCAAGUUUCCGUUCGUGCGGACUCUCAAGCAGGGUUUCACGCCAAUUAAUCUUCUUUUCACCGAUACGCUCUACUACUCCGAGGCCACGGUCGCUCCUACCUAUCCUGGACCGCAGGUCAAGGAGUGCUGCAUGAUAUCAUCCAAUUUGAUUGAAGUUGCCAACCCCCGAAACCUCGUCAAGCGGACCGGCGCCGAUGGCAAAAUCUACUACGACCUCAACUUCAACCUAGUCAUCUCUACCGCAGCCGCCAACAUGAAGUUCUCUCUCGAGUUCAAGGGCCAGGAGAUGGGCAGCGUUGAGGCGACGUACACCUGA